AUGAAAAUUUUAUUCGUUUUGCUACUCUUAAUAACAAUAAAAUCUGAAAUGCUAUUAGUAUCUUAGGAUAAUGAAUUUAUUGAUGAUGAUAAUGAUUUUGUUGGUGGUGUAUUUCCAACAACAGAUUCAAAUUCUGAUGUACAAAUUAAUAUAAAUAAGACCUAUAAUAAAGCACUUUAAUAUGCAUAAGAACAUUAUGCUGAAAGUUGUAAAUUGAGUGAUCUUUAGUGGGAAAGCUUAGAUGGUUCAAAAAAUUAAAUGGUAUAAGGAAUGUUAUAUUAUGUAUAUUUUUAAUAAAAUAAUAGUUCAAUGUAACUCUGAAAGGGAAGGAGAGAUAAGAGAAAUAUGAGAUUUAAGUAUGGAUAUAGGCUAAUAAAGAAUAAACUGCAGAAAUCACUUAAUGUAAACAAUUAUGA